GACUACUCCUGGCACCACGCCGGUAGGGGCGGCGCCGCGCUGGGCGACCCCGCAGCCGCCCCGCGGGCGGCGCCGGGCCCGGACCAGGAUGAGCUGCGGCGGCGGUCCGACGAGCUGCGCCGGCGGCUGCGCCAGUCCCUGCCGCCGGCGGAGUCGCCGGCAGAACAGAGGAUGGCGCCCCCCGAGCGCGCGGCGGACGACGGGGACCUGCUGCGCAGGUCCGAGAUGCUGCGCGAGCAGCUGAAGCGCUCGGCGCUAUACAGGGCCGUUUAUGUGACUACGCUGGAGAUCCGCCACGAGUUUGGGUCUCCUGACUGCGUGGACCGCCUCGUCGUUAACGCGAACCAUUCGAUCCCAGGCCCUGCCAUUGAGGUAGACCCGGGCGAGGAGGUGGAGAUUACAGUUGUGAACAAGAUGUUGUCAAACGCCGUGUCAAUCCACUGGCAUGGCAUGGUCCACGCGGACAGCGGUCCCUGGCACGACGGCGGCUCCAUGAUCACCCAGUGUCCAAUCCCGCCUGGGAGCAAGUGGGUGUACAAGUUCAAGGUCAACGACCACCCCGGCUUGUACCAGUACCACGGCCACAUUGGUGGCAUGCGGGUUGCUGGACUCGGAGGAGCCUUUAUCAUCAAGGGUGACGUCAGCGCAUUCGCCAGCGAAGCCGAUGGCGGCGAGGUUCUCAUGCACUUGAAGGAUUGGUGGCACGCGGAGGAGACGCAGCUUGUCCAGGGAGUUCUCGAGCCACGGUUCAGGUGGGUUGGAGACCCGCAGUCUGUCUUGGUGAACGGGCAGGGACAUUUCGAUUGCAGCGACAAUGCCCUCUACUCGUGUGACGGCGGGACCUGCAUGGAGGGAGAGCGCGAGGUCUGCGGUGCGGCGCAGAGUCCUUGGUACAGGCCUUCUUACCAUCCACCCUCAUGCGAUUCCAGCCUUUGCCCAGGAUACUUCACGACGCAGGUUACGGCGGGGAAGACGUACCUGCUCCGCUUCAUCAACGGAGGCAGCCUGUCACUGUUCAGCGUUGCCAUUGAGAACCACAACAUGACAGUGAUCGAGGUAGACGGAAUGGCCACGCAGAAGCACACCACGGACACCAUUGACCUCAACUCGGGCCAGCGAGUCAGCGUCUUGGUGACCAUGGACCAACCACCAGGAGCGUACACUGUCAAGGUCAUCACCCGGGGAAGAUCGUCACAGCGAACGGGUUACGCCAUCAUCGAGUACGCGGGUGCCGCAUCCCAGAGCGUGCAACCAGAGACUGCCAAUGUGUCAACACCCGCGUGGGACGACAACAAUUUCACUUUCGAUUUCCAGCAGGCAAUCAAAGGACUCUACACGGGGGACACCGCGGUCGCCGCGGUUCCAGACGACAGCCUUGUCCAGCGGACAUUCUACAUGCUCAGCACGCAGGAGCGCAUGGACCACACAGCGACGUACAACGGCGUGCCCUCGGUGAACGACCUCACAGUGGCCAUUGGUGGCCCUGGGGACAGGCCCCAAGACAAUUGCGACUCUGCAGGAAACACCAAGAACCUGCGGUGGCUCUUGGGGAGGAGGUCGUGGAUGGGCAGCAACACGCCGACACUCGCAUCUCUGUACUUCGACAUCAACAGAGACCAGAUCUCUGAAGAACACAACUACUUCGCGGUGGAUGUCGGCCAAGUGUACGACGUUGUGAUCCAGAAUUACCCCGCUUGCAACGGCCACUGCGAGACCCACGCUUUCCACGCGCACGGCAUGCACUUCUGGGUCUUGGGCACUGGCCGUGGAGAAUGGACAGGGUCGGCGGAGCAACUUGCCUCGCUGAACAAGGUUGACCCGGCGUUCCGAGACGUGACGCAGGUCGUGAGCGAGGGCGUCAAUAACGAGCCGUUUGGCAAGAACUCCGACGAUUUCGGCCCAUGCGGUUGGACAAUGAUCCGGUUCAAGGUGUAUUCGCCUGGGGCGUGGUAUUUCCAUUGCCAUAUGAUUUGGCACAUCUUGAUGGGCCAGAACGCAGUCUUCUACACGCCUGCUGACACUAUCCCAGCACCACCUGAUGAUCUGCUGUUCUGUGGUGACAUGACCAUGUCAUCCGCUGUGGCCAAACAAUCUGAAGCAACAACAACGAGCGCGACCGACUCCAACAUCGAGGCCAACUCCGGCCGGACACUCUCGUGCAAGGGCGGCCUGCCGCUACUCGUGUCCAAGUUGUCCGAGACGGGGGCCGAACUCUUCUAUGAGGGCAGCUUAUCGUUGCAAGCAGCGGUCGCUGCCAUCAACAUGACCUGCACUCAGCAGUGCCACGCCCUGGAGAAAGGCCUGGGCAGCAGCCCGUGCCCGCAGCUGGGCACCAGCUCAGGUCGCCCCUGCACGUACGUGGAGGAGGCCGUUUUGCACAUCGAGGGGGCACCGGGCGCCACCAACCCUCCGAAUCUUCUGGAGCUCCUGAAGCUCCGGAGCGUCAGCAUGCAGAUGGCCUAUACGUGGCUGUACUUCUUUGCCACACUGCUACCUCCGACAAGGGCCGUCUAUGUGACUACGCUGGAAAUCCGCCACGAGUUUGCGUCUCCUGACUGCGUGGACCGCCUCGUCGUUAACGCGAACCAUUCGAUCCCAGGCCCUGCCAUUGAGGUAGACCCGGGCGAGGAGGUGGAGAUUACAAUUGUGAAUCUGAUGUUGUCAAACGCUGUGUCAAUCCACUGGCAUGGCAUGGUCCACGCGGACAGCGGUCCCUGGCACGACGGCGGCUCCAUGAUCACCCAGUGUCCAAUCCCGCCUGGGAGCAAGUGGGUGUACAAGUUCAAGGUCAACGAGCACCCCGGCUUGUACCAGUACCACGGCCACAUUGGUGGCAUGCGGGUUGCUGGACUCGGAGGAGCCUUUAUCAUCAAGGGUGACGUCAGCGCAUUCGCCAGCGAAGCCGAUGGCGGCGAGGUUCUCAUGCACUUGAAGGAUUGGUGGCACGCGGAGGAGACGCAGCUCGUCCAGGGAGUUCUCGAGCCACAGUUCAGGUGGGUUGGAGACCCGCAGUCUGUCUUGGUGAACGGGCAGGGACACUUUGAUUGCAGCGACAAUGCCCUCUACUCGUGUGACGGCGGGACCUGCAUGGAGGGAGAGCGCGAGGUGUGCGGUGCGGCACAGAGUCCUUGGUACAGGCCUUCGUACCAUCCACCCUCAUGCGAUUCCAGUCUUUGCCCAGGGUACUUUACGACGCAGGUUACGGCGGGGAAGACGUACUUGCUUCGCUUUAUCAACGGAGGCAGCCUGUCGUUGUUCAGCGUUGCCAUUGAGAACCACAACAUGACAGUGAUCGAGGUAGACGGAAUGGCCACGCAGAAGCACACCACGGACACCAUUGACCUCAAUUCGGGCCAGCGAGUCAGCGUCUUGGUGACCAUGGACCAGCCACCAGGAGCGUACACUGUCAAGGUCAUCACCCGGGGAAGAUCGUCACAGCGAACAGGUUACGCCAUCAUCGAGUACGCGGGUGCCGCAUCCCAGAGCGUGCAACCAGAGACUGCCAAUGUGUCAACACCCGCGUGGGACGACAACAACUUCACCUUCGAUUUCCAGCAGGCAAUCAAAGGACUCUACACGGGGGACACCGCGAUCGCCGCGGUUCCAGACGACAGCCUUGUCCAGCGGACAUUCUACAUGCUCAGCACGCAGGAGCGCAUGGACCACACAGCGACGUACAACGGCGUGCCCUCGGUGAACGACCUCACAGUGGCCAUUGGUGGCCCUGGGGACAGGCCCCAAGACAAUUGCGACUCUGCAGGAAACACCAAGAACCUGCGGUGGCUCUUGGGGAGGAGGUCGUGGAUGGGCAGCAACACGCCGACACUCGCAUCUCUGUACUUCGACAUCAACAGAGACCAGAUCACUGAAGAACACAACUACUUCGCGGUGGAUGUCGGCCAAGUGUACGACGUUGUGAUCCAGAAUUACCCCGCUUGCAACGGCCACUGCGAGACCCACGCUUUCCACGCGCACGGCAUGCACUUCUGGGUCUUGGGCACUGGCCGUGGAGAAUGGACAGGGUCGGCGGAGCAGCUUGCCUCGCUGAACAAGGUUGACCCGGCGUUCCGAGAUGUGACGCAGGUUGUGAGCGAGGGCGUCAAUAACGAGCCGUUUGGCAAGAACUCCGACGAUUUCGGCCCAUGCGGAUGGACAAUGAUCCGGUUCAAGGUGUAUUCUCCUGGGGCGUGGUAUUUCCAUUGUCAUAUGAUUUGGCACAUUUUGAUGGGCCAGAACGCAGUCUUCUACACGCCUGCUGACACUAUCCCAGCACCACCUGAUGAUCUGCUAUUCUGUGGUGACAUGACCAUGUCAUCCGCUCUAGCCAAACAAUCUGAAGCAACAACAACGAGCGCGACAAACUCCAACAACGAGGUCAACUCCGGGCAGAUGCGCCGUUUGGGGACUGCCUCUGUGGCCGCUGGAGGAGUAAUGUCCUGGCUUCCGUUCUAG